UUUAUCCUUCUGUGUCCAGUUUAGCAGCGCUAAACACGAGUGAGUGUAAAUCACUUCGGCUUAGAAGCAGUAGCUUUUCUCGUGGCUUGUGUGAAAAAAAGAUCACCGAAGGAAAACUUCAAGAAUAUUUGUUUCUCGUGUGGCAGGUCUUGUUCGCUUGUUACAGUUGUUCUUAUGAAUAUUCCCAAGACUUGUACGCGCGGAAUUGUUCAUGCAUGUGUUCUUUAGCUUGCGAGACCAGGUGACCGUGAUUUCUGUUGCGAAAACAAAACGUGGGCGAGUAGGCAUGCUAGCUUGACAGCAUUGUGUAAAGACAGCUUACAAAGCUGUAACGUUUAGCUGUAUGUUUGUGCAGCGGAGUUUGCGCGCUUAUCAGCAUUGUAUUUUUAGUUACCAAGCAAGUUCGAUGGCGGUUAUUAUUUCAGUGACAUUCAACAACGUUAUGCAAAUGAUGACAUGUCAGUGAAAUAUUGACUAUGCCUGCGUUCGAGUCAAGUCGGGCAUACCUUGCUAGCUAGCUGUCUUUCGCAGGCAGCCAACUUUGACAUUAGCGAGGCGCUCUAAAAAUGACGGACCCAGUCGGAUUAGUGAGAUAAGUUAGCUUGUAUGUAGGACAAAAUGCCACAUCCUGUAAUUUCACUGGAGAGUAACUAGCUAGCUGGUCACAGAUCAUUAAUAGACACUUGGUAGCUAGCUAGCUAGUUAGAUUACCAACCAAGUUCGCGUCUGUCACUCACACAUGAGAAUUCAUGUUGAAGUAUUGCACUUCUUGCUAGCUACCUAGCAAGUUUGUAACUUAGACGACUAAGCGUGCAAGCAGGUGACAGCUUAUCACAGAUCCUGGAGGCUGCAUCUCUUGAUUGGCGUUUAGAUGCUGUCUGUGUCGCCGGGUGGGGCCAUCACUGUGGACGAGACACAGUGAAAAGACAUAUUGCAAUAUCGUUUAUAGAAAGCUAACUUAACGUUACAGAGAUUGAAAGCUAGCUAGCGUCCGGUUUUAAGUGAGACCCGUUCGGUGAAAUGGCUAAACCCGAAUCAAAGACAAGCAGCGUGGUCUUCGGGGCCAGCCGAUCUGCCGCAGCGGAAGAGCAGGUCAACAACGGGUCACUAGAUCUGUCUUCAACCGGGGGGUCCCACGAUCCAGCACCGGCAGCACCCACAACCAAAGCAAAAUCCGGGAAGCAGGGAUCGCGGGAGAACGGUUCGCGACGUACAACAGAGUCUGAAGUAUUUGAUGACGGAACCAACACCUUCUUCUGGAGAGCGCACACCGUCACGGUGCUCUUCAUUCUCACCUGCGCUCUGGUGUACGUCACCCUGCUGGAGGAGACGCCACAGGACACCGCCUACAACACCAAGCGAGGGAUUGUGGCCAGCAUUUUGGUGUUCCUCUGCUUUGGGGUGACACAAGCAAAAGAUGGUCCCUUUUCCAGACCACAUCCAGCAUACUGGCGCUUCUGGCUAUGUGUUACUGUCGUCUACGAGCUCUUCCUCAUCUUCAUCCUGUUCCAGACCGUCCACGAUGGCCGACAGUUCAUGAAGUACAUCGACCCCAAACUGGGCGUGGCCCUGCCCGAGAGAGACUAUGGGGGCAACUGCCUCAUCUACGACCCGGGGAACACCACCGACCCCUUCCACAACAUCUGGGACAAGUUGGAUGGAUUUGUGCCGGCCCAUUUUCUGGGCUGGUAUAUCAAGACCCUAAUGAUCAGGGACUGGUGGAUGUGUAUGAUCAUCAGUGUGAUGUUUGAGUUUCUGGAGUACAGCCUGGAGCAUCAGCUGCCCAACUUCUCUGAGUGCUGGUGGGACCACUGGAUCAUGGAUGUGUUGGUGUGUAAUGGCCUGGGGAUCUACUGUGGGAUGAAGACUCUGGGCUGGCUCUCCAUGAAGCCCUAUCAGUGGCAGGGCCUCUGGAACAUCCCCACCUACAAGGGGAAGAUCAAGCGAAUCGCCUUCCAGUUCACGCCCUACAGCUGGGUGAAGUUUGAGUGGAAGCCGGCCUCCAACCUGCGGCGGUGGCUGGCAGUCCUCGGGAUCAUCUUCAUGUUCCUGCUGGCGGAGCUCAACACGUUCUACCUGAAGUUUGUGCUGUGGAUGCCUCCGGAACACUACCUGGUGCUCCUGCGCCUUGUCUUCUUCGUCAACGUGGGCGGCGUCGCCAUGAGGGAGAUCUACGACUUCAUGGACGACCCGAAGUUCCAUAAGAAGCUGGGCCAGCAGGCGUGGCUGGUGGCGGCCAUCACGGUGACCGAGUUCCUGAUCGUGGUGAAGUACGACCCCCACACCAUCCUGCUGCCCAUCCCGUUCUUCGUCACGCAGUGCUGGGUCCUGGGCAUCGUCCUCAUCCUCACCUGGACGCUGUGGCGGUUCUUCAUCCGGGACAUCACCAUGCGCUACAAGGAGACGCGGCGUCGCCAGCAGGAAGGGGCAGUGGACCGGAGCCGCACCCCCGGCAACGCCAGCUCCGCCCCCACAGGACGCAGCAAACUAAACGGCAGCUCUGAUUCGCUGAAGCACAGGAAGUCCUGAGACGCGGCCGUGGGG